AUGGCACCUCCAGCUGAUGAUCCCAGCACCAGACUGCAAAGUCAACUCGGCGCAGAUGGAAACCCCAUCGUCCAUCCCGUCGAAGUCGACGCGACCAACGGUCACGUCAACCCUCCGCCGCCACCGGUUCCUGACGUAGAAGCUCCCGUCACGACCGCCGCGUUAACCGCCGCCAUGCAAGGCUUUGCUGCUCAAAUUGCCGCCGAGAUGCAAGCUCAGCAGCAAAAGUACAACGACAAGAUCGACUCCCUCCACGUCACCAGCGACGGACGAACAGCGACAAGACAAGUGGCCAAGCUGCGCCGCAACCUCGACGCAAUCAACUCCAAAGUGCACAGCGCUACCAGCUCGACACCCGACAAUACCGGAAUCCUUACCGAGACGCAAAAGAUUGGUGACAGCAAAACCGUCACCUCCAUCUCGUCGUUGGCAGAAACGCCACCUCCAUAA